AUGUCGAAAACCAUGGGCUGCCAAAGCAGGGUAUGUGCGGAGGUGUCCUGGGCCUUGAGCGGAACUACGAUUACCAGACUGUUCCUGGAUCCUCAUACGACCGUGGGCAAGUUGAAGACGAUGCUCGAAACGCCAGCAAAGACGCCUUCGGAGUUUCUAGAGAUUCUUUGUGACGGGAGCAAGCUCAAGGACUCUGCCUGCACCUCCAGCUUUGUUGCCUUUGCCUCUCCAUCUGUGGCGUUGCUGGCCGUGCGCCGGGAGCCUCCGAAGCUGAUCGGCUUCCUCAAGGAGGUAAACCAGCUUGACACUUCUUGGGAUGACCACGAUGAUUGGAGCGAGGUUUGCUCGGUUCUUCUGAAGCAUCCCCGCUUUGCUGGCGUGGCCAGGGCCAAUGCUGCUGGGCAGACGGUUCUUCACCUUGCCGUUCUUUGGGGAUCGCCGGCGAUGGUGGAGGAGAUUCUCAUGGACGGUCGGGUUGACGUCAAUGCGAGGACACGAAGCGGCGACACAGCACUGGACCUAGCCGCGCUCAUGCGUGAGUAUGCAGCAGAUUGGCGCCACGCAAGGUAUGAAAGAAUCCUGUCCAGAAUAGCGGAACACGCAACCCGCGAUUUUUUUUGGGACUUGCUCCACGAAGUCGUAGCUCACGAGGACAGGCGGCUCCAACGCGUCGCCUUGGAGUGCAAAAGAAUCGCGUCCCUGAUCCUGGAACGUGCAAGCCGCGACUCUUUCUUUGAUCUGCUUCAAGAAGCCUCAGCUCAAGCGGACAGACGGCUCCUGUGCGCUGCUUUAGGGUGCCGUCAUGGCAUGGACAAGUUCCUGGCCGGUGUGCUUGUUAGGAGCCGUUUUGACGCAGAGUUGUUGCUUUCAGAUUUCAUGACUGUGAAGGAUUCUGCCUGCAGAAAGGGUGCAUUGCAGAAACAGAAGGACUGCCGGAAGAAGCAGGCUCUCCUGGCAAAGGCUUUCAGGAAGCAAAAGCUGAAGGGAUCGACCGCUGCAGAUGCACCCAAGCGCCGCUACCGGACCAAAGCAAGCAACAGCUGGAAGCUGACCGAAUUUCAUUUUUGGUGUUGA